AUGGCUACCACCACUACCACAUCCACCAACGAGAAGAGGGCGAUCUCCGACGAUGCGGGUAUCUCGCCCGUCUCUUCGCAGGCGGAAGGGGAUAUCAGAACUGAGGUUGUGAAGGAGACCAUUCCUCAGCGCUUCUGGCGAUAUACCACAACUCCUGGCCAUGCGUUCCAGAUCGUCAUCGCCGCCGCAUUGGCAAUUGCCAUCGGCAUGGCCGUAACCUCAACUGUUGACGAUAUCCCGUCUGCGGUUCCGACUCUUGUCGGCAUUCCAGGAACACUAUGGUUGAGGGCACUCAAAGCUGUUGUCCUUCCUCUUAUUGUCACCGCCAUGAUCCUUGCUAUCCAGAGGCUGCGCCAGAUGAGCACCAACGGAGGAAGGAAACUCGCCGGCUGGGCGGUCGGCUACUAUGUCCUAACCACCAUGCUCGCCAUCGUCAUCAGCUGUAUCCUGACGAGCCUUGUAUGGCGCCCCAUGUUCACCGUCGUCGACGAAGACUCGCUCUCGCUCGACAACAUUUCCGAAAAGGACGCCGCCAAGACGGAAAAGCAAGAGAUUCACCAAGUCGUCCUGCAAAUGUUCGAAUCUCUCGUUCCCGCCAACGUUGUCAAUUCUCUCGCCACCGAUAGUCUGCUUUCCGUGCUGGUCAUGUCCAUCGUCAUCGGCUACCUCAUCGACUCGGAGCAGUCUGCCAUCUAUCGCGUUACACUUGAGGUCGAAUCCAUUAUCACCAAGAUCAUCACUUGGCUUAUCAAGAUGGCUCCUGUCGGCGUCUUCUUCCUCAUUCUGCCCAACCUUUUCAAGCUCAACAUUUCCGAGAUUGGCCAGAACCUGGGCAUCCUCAUGGGCUGCACUCUCACGAGCAUGGGCAUCCACCUCUUCAUCGUUUUACCCAUCCUGUUUUUCUUGUUCACGCGGAAGAACCCCUACACGUAUUGGGCCAAGUGUUCGCCCGCCUGGCUGACUGCUUGGGGUACUGCUUCGUCGGCUGCCACGCUAUCCGUCACUCUGAAAUGCGCCAAGGCUCGAGGCGUUCCCCACACCGUCGCCGACUUUGCCAUUCCUCUCGGAUGUCUAAUUAACAUGGACGGUACCGCCAUCUACUUCCCCGCCUGCGUCGUCUUCCUCGCCGCGACCCAGGGCCACGAGCUCCUGCCAACCGACUAUGUCGUCAUCGUGCUGCUCUCCACACUCGCCUCCAUCGGCACGACCCCGAUCCCUUCGUCCUCUCUCGUCCUCACCGUCAUGAUCGCCCAGAGUGUCCGGGUGCCCCUGACUGGUAUGUUUGCCGUCAUCAUCGCAAUCGAUUGGUUCAUCGAUCGUUUCCGAACGGCCAUCAACGUGAGCGGCGACCUGUUCGCAGUCUCGGUAGUCGCGAAGAUGACGGGCAUCAAGGAUGAGGAUUCGAGCCAGAUGCUCCGGAAUGAGAAUGAGACGGAGUCGCUGAGGAACGAUGCUCGGGUCUAG